AUGGUCUAUGUGUUAGGCGUUAAUCUACCUGACCACCAUUUAGUUAAGUUCGCGCUCACUUCUUUCUAUGGCAUAGGCCACCACACUGCGGCGCGUAUCUGCGCCCGUUUCCAAAUGCAUAAUACCUGCAAAGUCCGCGACCUGUCGCCAAUGCAAGUGACUGCCCUCGCAUCAUUUCUCUCUUCGCCUAAAGACUCGCUCUCCCCACUCCGUUUUCCCACUGCCACCCCCGACUUCACACCAUCCACGAAGCCGCAUUCCGAACUCUUGACUGAGUUCCGUGCUCAGCGCGCUAAACGCGAAGUCGACAACAAAAAGCCCGAGUUUCUUCUACGGCGGUUACGGGAUAGACGGGUGCUACCGGAUAAGCUGAAGGAACUCAAAAUAGAGGCUGAGCUGAGACAAGUCGUGCGGGAGAACAUCGCCCACCAGAAGAUGAUUGGAAGCUAUGUUGGUCGGAGACAUGCUAUGGGUCUCCCAGUUCGUGGGCAGACAACGCAGAAUAACGCCAAGACGGCGAAAAAGCUAAAUAGGGUAGAACGCUGGGCAUAG